GCGAUAUGACCUUCACUGUGCUAAUGCAUCUUCAAAGUUUGUUUUGGCUACUGAGUUUUGGUCAUGCCCGAGUAUCCUCUAUGUCCUUUUAGUCCAUCCAUCUCAGAAAUACAGCAGGUGAAACGUGAAGAAAUUGAACGUCGAAAAAGGUUAAGAAUUUUGCAGGUCCGAAUGCAAGCCAAAAGAAAUGCUACCAAAGUUAGAAUGUUAUACAAUGCUAAGAAACAGCAGUUAUCAGAUGUUGUUGCAAGAGAUCUUCAAAUUAAGCGUGUAAGAGGGGAUAUGAAACUUCUAGAAGCGAAGAAGGAUGAAUACAGUAAUGUUAUGAAUCAGUACGGAAUUGGCCAUAGAUCUGCGGAAAAUUGGAAUGAUCCUACCUUAGAAACUUAUUGGAAUCUGUCUGUAGCCCAGAGACGAGCUAAAGAUCGAUUUCAUAUAGCUGUGGACAAACUGCAUAAAGAAAAGCUAACUCAAGACCUUGCACAACAUGAAACGCAGGAAAGGAUUAAAGAAGUUAGAAAUACUGAGAAAAAACGAGCUGCUUUAAUUGCUUCUCUACCACCACCUAAGGGUAUUCUAUCUGAAGAAAUUCUAAAACCUUCCUUCGCUUGUGAACCCUUGGUUCUUGUUUAUGACAUUGAAGCUAGAAACACAAUACAUACACAAAAUGUGCAAUCCGGAGUAGUUAUUAAAAACAACGAAGUUGACGAAGAAAAAGAUAUUGGAUCUCAAAGUGCUGCGAUUUCAGCGUGCAAAGAAGAACAACGUAUACAAGCAAUUGAACGUGAAAAUGCCAUUCAUGCCCGUGAAGAUCUUAUCAAAGCUGAUAUGCGUGGACGUCAAGCAAUGAGAAAAGAGCGUGUCCGUCAAUAUUAUCAAGCUUUACUAAAUCGUUUGGAUGAAGUCAAGCGUAAUGAGGCUUCACUUCGUAGAAGUCAAUUAUAUUCCGAAACCGUUAAAAGCUCCCAUGUUCCUGGUGGUGGUCCAUUUAAUGAUGCUGUUGUAAAUCGUCGGAUGGAAAAAGUCUUUGAGGCUGAAUUACUUUAUCAGUUGUCAAAUUUAAAUCGUGAAGAAUACAUCGAUGUUAUUGAAGAAAAUACUUUGGAAAACGAUGAUAAUAAUAAUAAUAAUAAUAACGAUAUAAAUAGAUAUAACGAAGUGUUGGAUAUGGAAUGUAAACAAAAACGCUCAUCCGUAAAGGAUAUAACACUUACUAAUGAUAGUAAUCUCGUUGAACAACCAAUGUCGCUGUCAAAUUAUCGCGUUUUAGAAUUUGAUCAGGAUAUCAAAGAUGUUGAUGAAAUUUCACAUCAUGAUGAACAUUUAAGCAUGGAAGAAGAGGAACUAGUGCCUGAUGAAAAAAAAUCUGUUAACUCGACUGAUUUAGGACCUGGUGAAAGACCAAUUCUACCUGAUAUUCGUCGUUGUCGUAUUCUUUCUGAAUCAAUUAAUCUUACAAAUUCUAUUCAUAAUAUAAACCCUAAUAAGACAUCUAAACUAAUUCAUGGAAAUUCAAAAAUAUCUCCACAGUCUAUUGCAUUAAGUAAAACAUCAUUUGAAAAUAAUUCUGCUAGCGAUAUUUGUACAGACGAUGAGAACAUACAGUUACGUCAAAAAUUACUAGAUGAAGAAUUGGACAUGAUUGAUAAACGCAUUAAUCGACUUCGACUCAGCUCGGCUUGUGAUCUUCAUGAAAAUCAGUCACAUUCAGCUAAAUUGUCAAGAAAAGAUUUGAAGGAAUCUACUCAAAUAAAUGACAAUAUAACUCCUAGAAAUAUGUAUAUAGUUGAAGGUUGUGUUUAUGGAGAUAAUGGAGUUAGUGAUAGAAAAGAUUCUUCAAAUUUACCGAUAGAUUUAUUGAACACAAAACCUAACACAGGUGAAACACCUUCAUUAUCUUUGAUAUCACAACCGACUACAACUGCUGCACUGGACGUGUUGUCUUCUGAAUCGACAGCAGUUGCCCAAAAGAUAAGCACAAGUAUGGCAUCAAAUAAUCAAAGUAGCUAUAAUACGGAAUCUACUGUUGUCAAAUAUUGUAUUUCAAAGCCGAUAACAGGUGUUUUGGCUGAACGUGCUCGUGAUCUUAUAAGGAUUCAAAAAGCUAAGUUGUUAAAUCUUGAAAAGUACAAAUCUACAGUUGAACUUUCACAAUCUUCACAUACAUCUAACCAAAGUUCUGUUGAUAUGGACUCGGAGAUCUUCACAAAUUCUCCAGCUACAAAUAUGGAAAUUAGUGAAAAUGAAGAUGUGAGUUGUUUCUCUCCAGAUGAUUCGAAACAGAUAAUGGAUUAUUGUUCUAUCACUAAAAUUGGGAAACAUUCUUCUAGUUGGCGCACAAAUGACGAUAAACAGUCUUUCGAGUUUUCUCUACAAAAGAAUGAAUCGUCGAUACCAUCUACAGAAACGCCAGUUAUUUUUAAUAAGUCUGUUCAACCACCGAAAAGUCAACAUGACGAUGCAUACGAUAAAUCACAUUCUAGUGAGAUCGUUAUUUUUGAUGAUGCCGCUCAAGAUGUGAGCAAAACUCCAGAUCAUGAAUCGUGCUUCGAAACUGUAUCUUGUAUCAAGAAUUUGAAUAAGAUGAAUUACGAAUCUUACAAGCAUCCACAUGAACUAAACACUAUUCAAAUAUCAAAUAAAAAAAAUCAAAAACUAGAGAUAAAGGUUCCUUUUCAAUCGUCUCCCUCAGAUCCACCUAUUAAAAUAUCUUCACAGUCAACACACUUAGUGGAUUUGCCGGCUAUGAAUAAUUUUUCAACAGUUCAGUCACCAUCGUCAUCAUUAUCAUCAUCAUCAUCUUCAUCAACAUUAUCACCACAAUCAUCAAUGAAUUCACCAUCGUCGAUUGGAUCGAAACAAACCAUGCCACCGUUAUCAAGUUCCGAUAAACCGCAAUCAUUAGAAUCAUACGCUACAUCAGAUACUUUAAAAGCUGAAUUAAAAGCAUUACUAACAUCGUCACUGAUCAAUUCAAUUAUUAGUCAUAAUUCAAGUGUAACAACUGAUACGAAUGAUUUGAAAAAAUUAUUUAGUUCACAAAGUUAUCUGUUGUCCUCUCUAUCGGGAAUUUAUCGAAAUGCGAAAACUCAAACAACUGAAAUUUCUUCUGAAACUGAAUUACCUUAUCCAACCACAUCUAUUUCUUCAAUUUCCUCUUUAAAUCCUUCACAAUUAUCAUCGAGCCCAAAAAAUGCUCAAUUAAAAAAGCUUUCAGAUAAUACAAGUAAUGAUCAACAGUCAAAUGAAAAUUCCACCGAACGUCCUCUUUGUGAUGGUCAUGCGGAUAAUCAAUCAAUCAACAGUAAUUACUCAAAUAAACUAACUGUGAACAGUGAUUCAAUUAAAACAAUCAAACAACGUAUUCUGAAUAAAUAUAUAAAUGCUAACAAAGAAUGGCUUGUUACUUUAUCUGGUUUAAAUAAUGGUAAAUUAUUACAAACUCAUUCUUCAUCGUCAUCACAUUCAAAGUCAAGUGUAGAAUUUCAUUGUCUCUCUGAAGUAACUGAUCCCAAAGAAAUUGAUUGGUCUGAAACAAGAUCUGAUUCAUCUUCGUUGCGUUCAAAACAAAUUUCCAUAAGUAAAUCUCCUGAAACUCAUGAAAAUUUUUCUUCAUCUCAAACAAUUAGUCCGUUAAGUAUGAUUUAUUCAACACGUUUUAAACCAUUACCACGAUUAGAGGAGGCAACAUCUGAAGAGUCAAUACAUACUGUUCAAGUUACUUCAGAUUUCAACAAUCUGUCGAAUACACCUUCGUCAUGGACAGAUAGUAGAAAAUCAUCAGAAUUCGGUAAUUUAUCUAUUUAUUCUACAAUAAAUUCUAGUACGACGUAUAUGCCUGAUAACUUUGUAAAAAAUGAAAUUACCAAUUCAUCUAUUCAGAACGUACUAAACAACGAAGAUUACUCACAUCAUUUAUCUGAGGAAAAUGAUACAAUUAAACAGUUACUUGAUAACAUUCCAAAUACUCCAGUUGAAUCAAAUAACAAUGAGAUUGUGCCCUGUCUAGGCUCUAAAUUAUCAUCAACAUCUUUGUCAGAGAAAUCAGAUAAUGGGACACUCAAUGUUCAGGAAUUUGGUCUUAAAAUUGUUUCAUGUACAAUACCUGUUGAUGAUCAGCGUAACAAUGUAAUAACAAGUGAAACGCCAGUUAUAAUCAACGCAAUUUCAAGCGAUAAUAUACCCGUCGAAAAUCUUUCUGAGAAUUCUCGACCAUCUAGUCCUGCUGAAGGGGCAGUUAGUAAAUUUUCUCCUAGCUAUCAUCAAAAUGUAAAGUUUAAUGUUUCCGCUUCUUUACCGUCUGUCUUUGUUGAGAGUAUGGAUGGGUGCGAAAAAUAUCAAAGACAAACUGAGACAGUGCAUUGCUCUUCUGAUAAUAAUCUCAAAACAUUUAUACAAACAAAUGAAACCUCACUCACAGAUUCAUUAAGAUCUUUCGAACGACAUGAGGUUCGCUGUGAUCUGCUGAGUAAUUCAGGAACAUUUACAGCUGGUGGUUUUAAAAAUCAGUUUCCCGAUACAUUAUCUAAUAAUGUUGACGCUAAAAAUGUCUCUUCACCUACUGAUACUUUAAAUAACAAAAAAACAACUGAGAAAUCAACAAUUACUCAUAGUAAAUGUUUAAUAAGUAAACAUACAAUGAAAGACUUUAUGAAUAAUCAACGUGAUCGUAUAAAUUCUAACCGUGUUGUAACUAAAACUUCAAAUACGAGGAAACUAGAUUCAUUUGUAUGUAAUUCGUCUAAGCAAAGAACCACACGCAGUGGGAUUGUUCAGAGUAUGGCUACAAACGGACAAAGAUCUAUAAAAAGUAAACCCUCAAAUGUUAACAAUCCAUCCUCAACUACCCAAAUAACUCGUAAAUCUUCUUUGAAGUCGGCUAAUGUUACCAAUUUGUUCGUUAAUAAUAAACAGCUUCCAUCGAUACCAGUGUGUACAUCGAAUUCAACUAGAUUAUCUAGUAAACAAAUUAAAACUUCUGAAUCCUACAAUUGUACAAAAUUAAAUCCUUUUAAUCAAGCUAAAGUAUUACAAAUGGAACUAAUACAAUGGCAACAGAAACGCUUAAAAUGUUAUCAAGAAUCACGUAAUAAUGAAAUGGCAAUCUCAACAAAUAAUGUCAUUCCGAAAACAAAUACGAAUUGUAUUUCAAUCGAUGUGGACAAUAAUAUUCCACUUAUAUCAGAUGAUAAUGUUGAUAAUAUUAUUAACUUGAAAAGCAUUCCUGGGAGCAUUCAAAUCAAGAAUGAUCAACAACUACUUGAAAACAACAAAUCAUCGCCCUCAAGUGAUAACGCAGAUCAAACUUCGGUGGAUUUGGCUAUGGUGAAUGAAGAUCAACCAGUGGUGUUUUGUCUUCCAGGAAUUGGUACUUCACAUCCUCCUCUAGCAGUUUGUUCCGGUGAUUUGUCGAUUAUUGAACCAGUAUCUGAAAUGAAUGUUCCUGACGACCCAACAACACCAGUAAUUGAACAUCCUAAUAAUGUAAAUUUUCCGUUGACUUCAGCAAUACCACCUCCUGAUGUUUCCAUUCAUGUUUCAAAAUCAGACAGCCAUAGUGUUAAAAAAAUUAGUACCAUAUCGUGCACACCGGUGUCAUCAUCUAAAUCAUACGAACGGAAUGACACAGUUUUGUUUAAUUACGAUCGUCAUCAACAGGCUCAUGCAAAUCGCCAACGUGUAAAAGAAUUUGAUCGUAUCCGCCGCGAACAAUUAAUGAAACGAAGAGUAUAA